GGGUUUCCAUUCCACUGUAUUGCCUCGACGAAACUGUGUCACAUGAUCAACCGUGGGAACGUCCCAGACACGGAUCUGUGUACAGCAUGGCUGGGGGUGAGGUGUUUGACGUCAUCCUGAUUGGGGGUGGGGUCGUGGGCUGUGCUACCGCAUUUCACCUCACGAAUAUGGGGUACAGUUGCGCCUUGUUGGAGAAGAAUGACCACCUUCUGAGCGAAGCCAGCUCUGGCAACAGCGGCAUGCUCCACACAGGGUUUGAUGCUCCACUGGGGAGCCUGGAGCUGACCUGCAUCAAACUGUGUCAGCAGAGGAUCUACCAUGCCCUGGACAAGCUGGGGGUGCCAUAUACCAGGCUAGGGGCAACCAUGGUGGCAUGGGACAAUAUACAGGGACAGAAACUCCUUGAGAUACAGAGAAAGUCUGAAGACAAACAUAUUCCUGACAUUUACAACAUCACACCCUCUGAGCUGUGCCAGAUGGAACCCAACCUCCGGAGACACGCCCACUCAGCUCUGUGGAUUCCAGGGGAGACCGUCGUUGAUCCCUGGCAUGUACCUGUAGCUCUGCUCCAUCACGCCCGCAGGAAGGGGGCUCAGGUAUGGACAAAUUGCAAGGUUCUUUCAUGCAAUAGAGAAAGCUAUGGCUUCUGGACUGUUACAACUAACCAAAGCACCUUUAAGUGCAAGGCUGUCAUCAACUGUGCUGGUCUCCAUGGUGAUGAAGUGGAUGAGUUGGCAGGGAAACACAACUUCCACAUCAGACCCAGGAAGGGGCAGUACAUUGUGUACAACUCACACAAAGGAAGCCUCAUCAACUCCAGCAUCCUCCCGGUUCCAACUGACAAAACAAAGGGUGUCAUUGCUUUCAAAUCUGUGUACAACAAUCUAAUAAUCGGCCCCACAGCAGAGGAUGUGGAGGAGCGCUCCAUCCCAGCGCCUGACCCACUCAUUAAGGACAGACUCCUACACCAUGCCCACAACACACUUCCCAAACUUGUCGGCUGUGAUGUCAUUGGAGAAUAUACCGGUGUGAGGCCUGCCACUCAGUUUAAGGAUUAUCAGAUCAUCAGUGACCCAACUAGACACUGGAUCACAGUUGGUGGUAUUCGUUCCACUGGCCUGUCUGGAUGUCUGGGUAUUGCCGACCAUGUCGGCCAUCUUGUCCAGGAAGAUCUGCAACAGGAGCCAACCCAGGGGCGGAGUCACCGCAUCAACAGAGUGGAGCUGGCCUUCCUCCCAGAGCAGCAGACAGCCACAGCAGAUGGUUGUACUUACUACAUGACCCAUCCCAUCACACAACUUGGAACACAUGCAGCAUCCAUGCUGUGAAUGGUUCAUCUUCGAUGUGUAUACAUGGAUGUCUGCUAUGGAACUAACUGUUAGAGACUGGUGAUGUACUUUAAGGAUGGGUCUAAUGUUAUUUUGUAAUUUAAUUAACCCGGAAGAUAACUGUUGAGUUUACAACAGAAGUUGGGCUGUGUUGCUUUAUCAUUCUCAAAAUGAGAUAUCCUGGUUCUUGUCGUGUUUGUAUUGUAUCAUUACAUAUGCUAUUAAAAACAGGAGUGAGUGA